AACAACGAAUUAAAGAUGGCUCCAAUUUAGUUACUACAUCAAAAAAUAAACCCAAUUUACGUUGGAAAACAAGCACAUAACAAGGAUACCAGUGAAAUUUUCAUCAUGGAAGAAGAGGGAAAGCCAGCUGAAGUGAGUGAAACAACUGAAGAGCAACCUGAAACUACAACCCAAGAAGCAACCAAUCCAGAACAGACAUCUGAAGUCGAAAAUAAAGAUGGACAAGCUGCCAAUGACGAUCCUAAACAAGAAGAAACGUCACCAGCUGAGGAUGCAACAGGGUCUGCAGAAGUAAAUGAGGGCGAGGAAGUAAAAGGUGAGGAUAGCAAUCACCAGCUUGUUGACAGCGAUUAUGUUAAAAAUGAUGUUGUAAGGGGUGGCGAUUUAGAGACUGGUAAUGUUGUUGAGGCUGGUAAUGUUGUUGAGUCUGGUAAUGUUGAGGCUGGUAAUGUUGUAGACUCUGAUAAUGUUAGAGCUAAUAAUGAUGAAGCUGGUGAUGUCGACAAGGCUAGAAAUGUUGUAGGUACUGAUUCUAGUAAUGUUGAGGUAACCGAUGAGGAUGUUGCUAAUGUUGAAAAUGUUACUGUUAAUAAUGGGAAUAAUACAAUUGAGACUGGAGAGGUUACUGAAAAUGAUAAGGUUGAGACUGGGGAUCCUGAGACUAUAACAGUUAACUCUGGUGAUGGUCAACAGUUAGGUACAACUGUUAAAGUCGAUGAUAAUGAAACAAAAAGUACACCAGAAACUGAGGAACAGCAGGCCACUGGUGAAGCAGAAGUUGGAGAAACUCAAGCAGAUGUGCCGCCAACAGAAGAAGGUGAGUCACAAGAAGGAGCUGUUGCUGCUGAAGUAACACCUGGUGAAGAAACCGCUAAAGAAACAGAAGACGGGCAACCUGAAGCUGAAUUGACUGAUAUAAAGGAAGGAGAUGAAGCUGCUCCAGUUGAAGGAGAUGCUGCUCCAGUUGAAGGAGAUGCUCCUCCAGCAGGUGAACAAGUUCCAACAGAGGGUGAAGAAAAUGCUGAAACACCCAAAUCGCCUCUACCCCAAAGUGAUACGUUUACAGAGGGCGAAAGAGCUGAAAGCCCUGUCCCACAAACUGUUGGUGAGAAGUUAUCAAGAGAACCUACACCAUCCUUUGAUGAAACGUCCAGACAAGAUACACAGACAGAGUUAUUAGUUCCGGGAACUCCAGAAAUACCAGGAACAGAUACAGAGGGUGAAACGGGUCCAGACACACAGCAAGUAGAAGAAAUGUCACCAGAACCAGAGUUUGAUAGAGAAUUUCUUAUAGAAAAAUAUAAUGCUGCUCUUGCAGAACGUGAACAGUUAAAGCAACAGAAUUAUCAAUUACAACACAAACUAGCUGAAUAUUUCCGUAAGAAGAAGUCUGAUGAUCGAGCUGAUUAUGAUAAAAAUGUUACAGAUCAAGAACAGAGAUACCUUAAAUAUAUGGACCAGCUUCAAGAACUGCAGAAGCAAGCCAAGAGAGAAAAGGAGAAUUACAGAUUACAAAUUAGUGAUUUAAAUGACAAAUGUAUGGAAAGAAAAGAAAGAGUGGAUGAAGAAAAGAAAAAAUUUAUAGAUUUCAAACAACAAGUUGCAUUAAAUUCUUUGAAUAGUCGUUCCGGAAAAUCAAUACCACCUAAGGAUAUAGAACAGUAUAUUGCUAAUGAAGAAAAAAAGGAAGCAGAAGUUGUAUUUGUUAGACUGGAGAAUAUCAGAUCUAAAAAUAAGUUAAAGAAAAAAGAACAACAGUUAAAAUCAAAGGAAGAAUUAGCAGAAGGAUUACAUCUGAUAGAUUUUGAACAGCUGAAGAUAGAAAAUCAAACUUAUAACGAGAAAAUAGAGGAAAGAAAUGAGGAAUUGUUAAAAUUAAGAAAGAAGAUAACAAGCACUGUUCAAGUGUUAACACAUUUAAAAGAAAAAUUACAGUUCGUUCAAGCAGAAAAUCAGGUUCAAAAGAAAAAAUUACAAGAUGUAGAGUCUUUUGUUGGCCAGAAAAGGGAUAUUUUAUCAAGAACUAAACAAGCAAGAGAUUCCUUACGUAUAGAUAAUCACAGAUUACGCCAGAAUUGUGGUCUUCUUGGAAAUGAACCCCUUUUAAGAGACUUUGAAGAAAGAAAGGACGAGAGUGAUGACCUAAAGAUAAAAUUAGAAGAGCUCCGUUCUCUGCAUGCAGAAUUAGCCUUAAACUGUAACCAAGUUAGGCGAAAGAUAGAGCAAGCUAGAAUGGGGCAAGCGUAAUAAUUCUUGAAAAAAAAUCAAAUAAUAUAUAGAAAAUAUUUUUAAAAGAACAUCACUGUUAUGAUUAUUUAUUAUUUAUAAACUUAUAUCUUAAUUUUUUAUUGAAUAUA